AUGGAAAAUUCAAACCCUAAUAAAUACAAUACCAAAGAAUCACCUCAACCUAGAAUGAAGAGAUCUAGAUCGUACUGCAAGGUAUACUCUCCUGUCGCUAAUCAUUAAAUAUAGUUAAUACCUUAAAUUGGGACUGAAAAUUUGGUACCUCCACUUGUGUUCUCCCCUGGUAAAACUGAUGAGGCAAAUUUGAAGUUGCUUAGUCCUAAGGAUAACUCAGCAACAAUGUAUACAAAACCCCACGUUGAUAACCAAUAAUAAAGAUAGAUUGAUACCUCGAGCAAUAAUGAAAAAGAAAAGAAUACAAAGUACAUGUUCGACAUUGUUAGUGACAUUAUUCACUUCUAAGUUGGCACUAUUAUGUACACUAAAAUCAAAUCAGAUCACUAAAAGGAGAAUAAAAAAAGAUUCAUACCCAUAUUCCCUUUCUUAUAUGAGGAUACUAAUUAAGGCCACAAUGUUAACAAUUGCUAGUUUUAAAUGCCGAAUCCACCUAAAGCAUUUAUUAAUAAUGGUAAUGCUAAUUUUAUAUCAUCAGAAAUUACUAAUGACAACUAUGCUGACCUGAAAAAUGAAAUUAAUCAGCAAAAGCAAGAAGAAGAGAAGAAAAAUUCUAAAAUCCCCACUUCAGAUAUUCCUUUUAAAUGCCAGCUGAGAUUUUAAGUAGAAAAAGACCCAUUUUUCAUGCAUGAGGAGUCUCGCAGCACUAAGAUUAAAGCUCAUAAAAAGAUAUUGGAGAGUGAAAACCCCUCUCCUAUAUACAUUGUAGAUUUAGAAUUCACAAACAUCAAGAAGAUUGAGAUCUUUUUGAAGGAAAAAAAACUUUAAGGAGGUCUCUAUGCAGAGAUAUAUGUACACAUGGAUAAGCCAGCGAACUGCCAGAAACUUUAUCCAUUUAAUUAAAUGAAACCUUGCUUUGUGAGAUCUCCUUUUAAACUUCCUUUUGACCCUUACAUGCAAUAUUGGAAUUUGCAUCAAAUUUAUUUUAUAGCUGGGAAAGUAACCAACUAGAAAAUCGAUAAAUUUCUUGAGAUUGUCUAGAAAAGAAAUGCUUUGGUAAAAGUCAAAAUAACUAAAUAAGAUUACAGUGAGGAAACUAACAACGAUGCUAAGAGAUCUAUAAUAGUCUCUGGACUCAGAACAUUAAUAGAAUUGAACAAGAAGUUCAAGUAUAUUAUUGAUAAACUCAGACUGCCGAUAAUAUUCUCGAUGAUGGCAAUGCUUUCAAAUGACAAAGUUAAUUUGUUCAAUGAAAAAUUCCUAGAGUUUAUUGAAUUUUUACAGAUUUCAGACUACAAUCGAACUGAAGAUCAAGCAUAAUUAGCCUCAUUUUUGAUCGAUAAAAUGAUAAUUGGGGAGAAGUUUGAUUAUAAAAAGCAAAGCGAUAUUAACUACGUUACUGUAUUCCAGAGAUAUAGAGAGGACAAAGAAAAUGAAAAUGACUUUUGCAGAUCUAAGCAAAGCAUAAAUUUCUUAAGGUAGAGGAGAUUAUUUAUCUCACCAACAAUCGAUUACUACUAGCCAGCUUAAGAGGAUGAAAGUAAUAGAGUCAUUAGGAAAUAUCAAGAUUAUUUAUCAAGAUUUGUGAGAGUUUCAUUUGUUAAUGAGUAUCUUGAGAAAGGCUUUUAUUUUACUGAAAAUAUGGAAUGGGUCCUAGGUUACAUUCAUCAUGUAUUAUACAAUGGUUUGUAGCUGGGCAAGUAUAUUCUUAGAUUCCUUAGUUACUCGAAUUCUCAGAUUAAAAACCAUUCAUGUUGGAUGAUAGUCGAAACUCUUGAUUCAAUAACAGAAUUUAAUACCUAACUUAAUGAGAAUAUGAUCAUGUCGAGCAUGGGUAAUUUCUCAAAGGAGUAAAAUAUUUUGAAAAGAUAUGCUAGAAGGGGUUAGUGCUUCUCAACCACUAAAUUUAUUGUGAAUCUUGAUAAACAUGAAGCUUAACUCGGAAUACCUGACAUAAAGCGAAAUGGAUUCGUGUUUACUGAUGGCUGCGGAUAUAUCUCUCCUUAAUUAGCUCAAAUUGUAAGUGAGCAAUUUGGUUAUAAGAGAAACUCAGCUUUUCAAAUAAGAUUCGGAGGCGCGAAAGGGGUUUUGAUGAUUAAACCAGAGUUGAAAGGUAGAAUGGUUUAAAUUAGAGACAGUUAAAUAAAGUUUCAGAGCAAUGAUUUUGGUCUUAAUGUAGUUAGAUGCUCAACAUUCAGCUAAGGAUUCCUUAAUCGUCAGAUUAUAAUACUCUUAUCUAGCCUCGGAGUUAAAGAAGAAGUAUUCCUAAGUCUUUAACAAAAGGCUAAAGAAUAUGCUCAAGUCCAAGAAAUAUAUAAAAGCUUAAUAAACAAAACGAAAAAGGCGAUUAAAGCAUACAAGUAAAGUCAUAAUAAGAAUAGGAGUCUACCUUAGAUAUCACAAUUAAUUAACUUAUCCCUUGGCCCAAGUAAAUGGUUUGAACAAACUCUUAAAAUGGCACUACUAACUGGAUAUAAUAUUCCUAAGGAUCCCAUUUUCAGUAGUAUACUAUACACAAUGCAGUUAUCUUCUUACAUGAAUCUAAAGAAAAAGGCCAGGAUUAUAAUACCAAAUUCGUGUGUCCUGUUAGGAGUCAUUGAUGAGACAGGUAUUCUUGAGGAAAAUGAGGUUUAUUGCUAAAUCAGGCCAGAUAACUACUCCCUUAAAAGGAAGCAAGCACUUUGGGAUCUGUAUUCUGAUGAUAGUGUUGAGGAACCGAAACUAGUUAAUGGCUCAGUAAUUGUCACAAGGAAUCCUUGCACUCAUCCAGGUGAUAUAAGAUUAUUAGCCGCAGUUGAUAGACCGGAACUAGCUCAUUUAUUCAAUGUGAUAGUAUUUUCUUCAAAAGGUGAUAGGCCUCAAUGUAAUAAAAUGGCAGGUGGAGAUUUAGAUGGAGAUGUUUACUUUGUUUGCUGGGACAAAAUGCUACUUGACAAUAUAGACCCUAAUAACAUCGAGGAGCCAGCUAAAUAUGAAAAGCCCUAAUUAAUAACAGAAUAACCUGCAGAUACUUCGCAUAUUGCUGACUACUACAUAUUUUACUUACAAAGAGACGUUCUUGGCAAGUUGGCUAAUAUGCACCUGGCUUUAUGUGAUUAAAUUGGAGUAGAUGGACCUCUUAGACCAGAAUGUGAAGAGUUGUCUGCAAUGCAAGCUGUCGCAGUUGAUUUCGCUAAGCAUGGUGAAUGUGUGCCUAAAUAAAACUUUGAGCAUCUUAGUAAAUUGCUUGAUGAUUGGCCAGAUUUUUUCGAGAAGUCCAAUCAAAAAGCUAGAGUGAGUUAAGGAAUUUUGGGGAAACUAUACAGAGACAUAAACAACGAGUCAGCUAUAAGAGACUUUAUGAAAAAUCAAUUUAAGUUCUAAGUUCUUUUCCAGUACGAACUAAAUCAUCAAAUAUUACAAAAGUGCUCUAAUUUUAAGCUUCUCAACCACUACUUGCCAAAAGUAUUCAAAUCAAUAGUAAAACCAAUGGAAGUACAAUUCAGAUAACUUAUGAUUACUUUUAAGCUGUAAAGCGAAGCCUAGCUUUUCGCUUGCGACCUCAAGUUUAAACUAUGCGAUGAGCAGAUGAAUAACUUCUAUAAGAAUGAACCUGGAUACAAAUCUGAGGAAUCACUAAUCAUUUUAAACAAUAAAAUCAGUCAAAUUAUCACUAAAUUUCAGGAAAAGUUUAAGUCUCUAGUUAAUGAGGCCAGAAAUGAAAAGUUCGACAUGCAGGCUGAGGAAAACAUAGCAGUUGCUCUGUAUCUCUGCACUUACUUUCAUACUAACAAUCAAAGCUGCAAAGUUUACUUAUCUCAGCAUAUAGAUGAUUAAAACUUAAUGGAAUUCGUGACAUUGUGGAAUAACUAUGAAAAAGAGAGAAGGUCAGAUUUGAAGCCCAGCUACAUCGAAAAGUAUAAAAAGUUUGAGGGCUUUGUGGAGAUCAGCAGACAAGUGGAGUCAAGUAAUGAGUCUAGGAAACUGCAAAGGUUCCUUGAACUUAGGAAGUUCUUCUCAUUUCCUUGGAUAAUUGCAAGCGAUGUGCUGUUCUCUUAGAGGGACUUUUAAAUUCAUAUCUACAAGUAAAAGCAUCAGAGCUAAGAGCAAUGA